UUAUGACAUCAACAUCAAAAGGAAUUUUUCGGCCAUUUUUAAUUAUCCUCAUUGUCCUGGGUUGUUUCAUGGCAUUUCUGCUUAUUUACAUCAAACCAACAAACAGCUGGAUCUCUGGUCCUAUAGAGUCUGCCAGCUCAGUUUUGAAAAUGAAAAGCUUCUUUUCUCCAAAAAAUGAUAAUUUUAAUGAAACUACUAUAUUGAUCUGGGUUUGGCCCUUUGGUCAAACAUUUGACCUUGCAUCCUGUCAAACAAUGUUCAACAUCCAUGGGUGCCAUCUGACUAUUGACCGCUCAUUAUAUAACAGAUCCCAUGCCGUUCUCAUUCACCACAGAGACAUCAGCUGGGAUCUGACUAAUUUACCUCAGCAAACUAGACCACCAUUCCAGAAAUGGAUCUGGAUGAACUUGGAGUCUCCAACUCACACUCCACAAAAGAGCGGCAUUGAACACCUUUUCAACUUGACCCUGACUUACCGACGUGAUUCAGAUAUUCAGGUGCCUUAUGGCUUCAUGAUGGUUAGUACAACUCCAUUUACAUUUGAAGUCCCAAGCAAAGAGAAGUUGGUCUGUUGGGUUGUAAGUAACUGGAAUCCUGAGCAUGCUCGAGUCAAGUAUUAUAAUGAGCUUAGCAAAUACAUUGAAAUCCAUACCUAUGGGCAAGCAUUUGGAGACUAUGUGAAUGAUAAAAACUUGAUUCCAACUAUCUCCACUUGUAAAUUUUACCUUUCCUUUGAAAACUCAAUCCACAAAGAUUACAUUACGGAAAAACUGUACAAUGCUUUUCUUGCUGGGUCUGUACCAGUGGUACUGGGCCCAUCCCGAGAAAACUAUGAGAAUUAUAUUCCAGCAAACUCUUUCAUACAUGUGGAAGAUUUUCUUUCCCCCAGAGAGCUAGCAGAGUAUCUGCUGAUGCUUGACAAAAAUAACAAACUGUAUCUUAGCUACUUUAAGUGGAGGAAGGACUUCUCAGUGCAUCUUCCCAGGUUCUGGGAAUCACAUGCAUGCCUUGCUUGUGACCAUGUAAAAAGACACCAGGAGUACAAGUCUGUUGGUAACUUAGAAAAAUGGUUUUGGAAUUAAACUUUUACCCCUUUGUGCACUUUUUGGAAGAAGCUGACCGAAUCAUCAGUCUACACAUACAUGGAGGGGCUGGAGAAGAGAACUUUCUGUGUUUUAUGUCACAGUUUAUCAACUAUCUUCUCUUGAGUAUCUUCUCUUGAGUAUCUUAUUUAUAUUUGUCAGAGACUUUAAAAGCUCAGCAUCAGCAGUCAUUAAAACUCAGUUUUAAAUUACAAUGUAUAUAGCUAAUUAUGUGCACUGAAGAAUAAUUUAUUGUUUACUAUAAUUUUUAAAAAGGUUUUUCACACUUUCCGUCGAAUAUCUGUCCCAGUCCUAACACAUGAAGUAGUGAUUUUUUAACAUUGUGUUUUUACAUUAGAUUAGAAUAGCUGUUUAACUUGUUUGGAAAAUGAAGACACAAAUCUUGAAAUAGAGAAUUUUAAUGAAAUAAUCUAAUGGUUUUGUUUGAAAAUUGUGUAAUAUUUCAAAAGACAGUGUUGUUUGUUAUGUUUUAAACUCUACCCUCUUAAAUUCUAAGAACACUGUAAAACUGAAUGCAUAGUGUUAUUCAAGGAGUAGGAGCUGACUUCAUAGGAGCUACGAAUUUAGAAAUGUAGCUUUAAAAAUGCUUACAGUAUAAGAAAGCCUCUAGUUUCUAAACAGGAAGAUGUCAGUCUCCUAAAGUUAACAUGUCUUGAAAGUAUAUUUAUCUUCUUUACAUGAAGUAUUGAAGUGCUAAGGAAAAUCAAGCUUUGGCUCAUCCAAGGUGCAAAGCACAUGUUUAGAUUUAAUUUAAGCAAGUGCUUAAAUCCAGUUGUGUUUACUUGAAUCACGGCAGCAACAGGUGAUGUUAUUUCAAUAACAGUUAAAUUACAUGUGCUUGAUCACUUUCAUCUUUAUAACUAGAGCUCUGCUAAUAAUCAUAAUUAUUAAAAAUAAUUUUAUUUAGAUGAUUUACUAAUGUUUAUAUAUUUGGGAAUUAUUCAUCCAGCUCUAUAAAGGCUUCUUACAAGUGUCAUUGAACUUUAAUCAUACAUGGGGUACAUACUGAGGUGGGUGAAUAAUGACAACAAAUAUUACCUGAACAUUUUUAUUACAAAAAAUGAUGGAAUUCAUUGAAUAAAUUUUAGGGUAAUAUUAGUCAGCCAGCUCUACUGAUCAUAUAGGCUCAGUUAUUUAUUUUCUCCUUUAAAAUUAUGUAAUAUGACAAAUGAAAACAAAAGUAUUCAUUGGAGCAAUAGAUACUACCAAGUUUUGAAUAUAAGCAUUAUAUUUCAUAAAUAUUAUGUUUUUCUGAUAGAAAAUACUCAAA